GUCCGCCGGGGCGUCCAGCAGCAUUUGCUUAGAGAGGGGAGUGUUAGCUUCACAGUAGCCACAUUUUGCUAUUCCGUGGUUUCACACGUUAAACACGUGUUUAUAGUAUUACAAUACCAGGGCACAGGAAUUAGGCUCGUUGAAUAAAAGAAUCGCUUUCGUCUGAGCGGCACCCAACUGAAGCGAUGACGGGCUCAAACGAGUACAAGCUGAACCAGGGACCAGAGGACAGCAUCUCUGCUGUGAAGUUCAGCCCCAGCACGGCUCAGUUCCUGCUGGUCUCCUCGUGGGACUGCACCGUCCGGCUCUACGAUGUCGGAGGCAACACCAUGCGGAUGAAGUACCAGCACACAGCUCCAGUUCUUGACUGUGCUUUUUAUGACCCAACACAUUCGUGGAGCGGAGGAUUAGAUUCGCAGUUAAAAACUCAUGAUUUGAACACAGACCAAGAUACAAUAGUCGGAGCACACGAUGCCCCCAUUCGUUGCGUGGAGUACUGCCCAGAGGUCAACGUCAUGGUAACGGGUAGCUGGGACAGAUCAGUUCGGCUGUGGGACCCGAGGACGCCCUGCAACGCUGGCACCUUUACUCAGCCCGAAAAGGUGUACACACUAUCCGUGGCUGGAGACCGGCUGAUCGUCGGCACAGCUGGAAGAAGAGUCCUGGUGUGGGAUUUGAGGAACAUGGGCUACGUGCAGCAGCGAAGAGAGUCCAGCCUCAAGUAUCAGACUCGCUGCAUUCGAGCUUUCCCCAACAAACAGGGCUAUGUGUUGAGUUCAAUCGAAGGACGUGUCGCUGUGGAGUACCUGGACCCAAGUCAGGAGGUUCAGAAGAAGAAGUAUGCCUUCAAAUGCCACCGGCUGAAGGAGGAAGGAAUUGAGCAGGUUUACCCUGUCAAUGCGAUCUCAUUCCACAGUGUCCAUAACACCUUUGCCACAGGUGGCUCGGACGGCUUUGUGAACAUCUGGGACCCCUUCAACAAGAAGCGGCUGUGUCAGUUCCACCGGUACCCGACCAGCAUCGCCUCGCUUGCCUUCAAUAACGACGGCACCAUGCUCGCCAUUGCCUCCUCCUAUAUGCAAGAGAAGGGCGACAUCAGCCACCCAGAGGACGCCAUCUUCAUCCGCCAGGUCACUGAUGCCGAGACCAAGCCCAAGUCAACCUAAGUCCACCUUGGAAUGGUUCCAUUUGGGUUAUCUGCUGGCAUCCAGUGUACUAUUUACCAUGUUGUCUCCUAACUAUUAAUUCUAUUCGUAUACAACCGUUUUUCUUUCUUGUAAGUAAAUGUUUGUCAAAAAUCUUUUCUUUUCCGGCUCUUGUUAAAUAUUUCUUUGUUCUUUCUAUGUUCUGAUGGCCAGGUAUUGUCGUCUUGCCUAAAAACCUGAUUCCUUUUCUUGACGUCUUUUUGCAUUUGCAUGGUCGUUUUUCGAGUUAUCAAACACAAACUGAAUUCAUAAUCUUUUUUAUUGAUUGAGUUGGGUAUUCUUUUAACACUGAUAUGAGCUUCAUUUGUUUAAUAAAAGGUUGACCAACGUAACAAAAACCA